AUGGGGCCGGACUUUGCACAGCGGCCACGAAGCCCCGAGACGGCGGCGGCGGGGAGGUUUCUGGGAGGGGGACCGAAAAAUGCGGCAGUCGGUCGAUCUGGGAGCUGGAACGGGGAGGGGGUUCUGGCCUGCACGACCGCGACGCAGAAAGCGGAGAAUCGCCGGUGGUGCGACCAAUUGACAAUCUGCUUGGAAGAGACGGAUUGCUGCUAA